CUCAAACAAAAAAAACAAAAAAGAAAGAAAAGAAAAUGCCAUCCGAAAACAUUUCUCGAGUACAACUCCCACCGAAAUACUUACAAGAAGAAGAAACCCUAACGGAAGAAUGCAAACGAAUAAUCGCAACCCUCCCGAAAGAAAAAGGCUGGCUCUCCUCUCACCUCUACCGAUUCCAGGGUUUCUGGUACCCGGUCAGGCAUCUCCAGGGCGUAAUCGCAUGUCAGAAAAACUUCGUCGAAACACUAGAUUCCGACAUUUUCCUAGUCACAACUCCCAAAUCAGGCACCACGUGGCUCAAGGCAAUCAUCUUCGCCUUAACAAUCCGAACGAAACACCCCGUCGCCACCACCACCGAUAAAAACCAUCCUUUGCUUCACAAUAACCCACACGAUCUCGUCCCCUUUCUCGAAAUCAAGCUCUACGUGGACAACCAAAUCCCCGAUUUGUCCACGUUUUCGACCCCCCGUCUUUUCUCGACACAUUUACCCCACGUGUCGUUACCGGAAUCCGUGAAGAAAAGCUCCGCAUGCAAGAUCGUGUACCUCUGCAGAAACCCUAAAGACGUUUUCACUUCCCUAUGGCAUUUCACUAACAAGUUGAGGAGUCAAGAAAAAUCGGGGGGGGCCACUAACUGCAUCGACGAGGUUUUCGAUAUGUUCUGUCGGGGGGUGAGUUUGUUCGGGCCGUUUUGGGAUCAUGUUUUGGAGUAUUGGAAUCUUAGCCGAGAAUAUUCCUAUAGGGUUAUGUUUGUGAAGUUUGAGGAGAUGAAGGAGGAACCCGGGGUUUGUCUGCGUAGGUUGGCGGAUUUUUUAGGGUUCGGUUUUUCUGCGGCCGAAGAGGAAUCGGGGGUCGUGGAGGGAAUCUUGAAGUUGUGUAGCUUCGAUAAUUUGAGCUCAUUGGAAAUUAAUACGAACGGGAAAUUGUCGUCCGGUGAGGAGAAUAAGGCGUUUUUCCGCCGGGGUGUUGUCGGGGAUUGGAAGAAUUAUAUGAGCGACGAAAUGGUCGAAAAACUCGAUCGGAUUACUCGAGAGAAAUUUAGUGGAUCCGGGUUGAUGAUGUGAUACAUAAAUUGUAAUCAAGAAAUAUUUCUUGAUUGUUGUUUGCUUUUGUUUUCUUGUUAUUAUUAUUAUUGUUAUUUUUUUUUUAAAUUUAUUUUUAGUUGUUGAAUGUUGUCUUCUUGUUUAGGAAUAUUGUGGAAGCUAGUGUAUUUUAUUAUGGUGUUUGUUUGCUUUUUGAAUUGCAUGGUGUAUUUGAUAAUAUUUGGUUUUGUAGAUUUGUAUUUUGUAGAGAUAUGUGUGUACUAUUUAUUUCUCUCUCUUUGUCAAAACAUUAUUUGUUUUCAA